GUGUGUUUACACACAAACCCAACGUUAACAGUCUAAGUAGCUAAUGUUUGGUAGGAUGCAAUUGUAGAACAAGUAAUCGAACUGAUUUACGGAGAAUUUUGCAUAUUUUUUCAUAGUUUCUGGCUAACGGCACUUUUAUCUUCCAGCAUUUAAACUACUGAUCUUGCUAACUAGCUAACAUUCGCUAGAAAGUCACCUGAGGCUGCUUUGUAACUCGAUUAACGGUAGUUAGCAUUACACAGAAAGUUGUACGUUCUUUUAUAAAUAGUAUUUUAGGAAACCGGUUGCUUGACCACAAGUAAUUUUUGAACUAAAUAUUCUGCAAAUCCGUGCUUUCAUUUUGAUGUAACCUUAGCCUCGUAUUGUGCUAAAUACAUGCAUCUUUAAAGGUAUCAUAACCUUAACCAACAUUAACAGGAGCAUCACACAACCAACAGGAUAAAUCUGAGAACAUGAAGAAAAGAGGUGUAAAGACUCCCAAAGACAGACGGAAUUCUGGGAAUGAGGACGACCCCUCAAGAGUAGCAGGUCAAAAUGUUCAGGACAAGUCUACAGUUGAAAACAUAGAUGAUUAUCAGUGCUGUGGAAGCCUAGAUGUAGAUUUCCCAGAAGUCUGCGCUCUGCUGGGAAUGAUAGAAGUCCCCGCGGUAACCCAGCGGAAAAAGACCAGCGCCUCACAGAACACAGAGCAAAGCACCAUGGAGGGCAGCCAAUCGAAUGUGACCAACGGUGACGAGACCACGCCCUGGUGCCCUAAGCCCCGCCUCCAGGUGGAGCUGGAGAAUGAGGAGGAUCCACGCAGUGUCAGGGAGGUCAAAGUGCUUGGUUGGAAAGUCGACGAGAGGGUCUCUCGGGCGCUGACCAAGACCCUGCCGGCCCUGAGCAGCCUGCAGCGGCUUCAUCUGUGGCAGGUGGGCUUGACUGAUCGGACUCUGUGCUCCCUGAAAAACACGGUUUCCCUGUGCAGCAGUCUCAGGACAGUGGCUUUGGAAGGAACUCCUCUCCCAGAUGAGUGUUUCCACCUGCUGAUGGCAGAAGACAGCAAGCUCGCUCACCUCUCUCUGCGGAAUAACCGGAUUGGAGAGGAGGGGGCCCGGCUGAUAGGCGGGGCCCUGUCCACGGCCCGCGGGGCCAACAAGAGCCUGCAGUCCCUCAACCUGACCUUCAACGCCAUCGGAGACUGCGGGGCCCAGCACAUCGCCAAGGGUUUGCGUCUCAACCGCACUUUGCUGUGUCUGUCUCUGGGGUUCAAUCACAUCGGGGACGAUGGGGCCAGCUAUCUUGCCGAGGUGCUGGGGCCCUUCUCUCUGAGUCACAAGGAGAUCGUGGAGAGGAGGAGGCUGCUGAGCCGGAAGGAUCCGCUGAUCCUGAGCUCAGACUCCGCCCGGCGAGCCUCCAUCCCCAGCAGCUCCUCCCUGGAGCGCAGCACCACCAAGGGGAGCAAGCCCGCCUCCAAGAAGAGGCCUCCGCCCAAGAAGGAGGAGAAGCAGGCGGCCAAUCAGGGCGCAGGAGCCGCUGGAAAGAAGGAGGACCAGAAAAAUUCUAAAAAAGGUGCCGACACUAAGGGUCCCCGGGUCAGAGGUUUGAGGUCAGGGGGCAAAGAGCGGAGUUCGUCUGUGUUGGACGUAGAGACUGCUGAUGUCGCAGAGACAGUGAGCCCCCUGCUGGACACAGAGGCACAGCACGGCCAGGGACGCGUGUCACUGCCGGGCAACAGCGUCCUCACCUCCCUCAAUCUAUCAGGGAACCGGCUGACUGAGCGGUCGCUGCGUUUAUUCCUGAAGGCGGUGAAAGAGCAGGACGAGGGCGGCCUCCUCCGCCUCUCCCUCUCCAGAAACCGCUUCCCACUACUGAACUGUGAAACCUACCUGAAGAUUCAGGAAGCAAUGAAGCACAAAGAUCCUCUACACAAAAACAUUCCCGCCCCCGUGGAGGAGGGCCGGACAGCGGAGAAUUUGACUGACUCUGGGGAGAUGAACCAAAAUAACACACACAAAGAAGGACACAAGCAAGCCUCAAAAUCCUAGUUCACCCCCACUCUCAACAACCUCCCCCCCCCAACCACACCCCACCCCAUCACGACACUCAUGGGCUCCUGGAAAGCAUAAUAAAUGAUUUAUACUUUAUGCUUAGA